GUUUAUUACUGUCUCUUAUCCUUUUAGCUUUGGUCUUUCUGUCACGUAUAAGCACAGAGAUUUUACAACUAUCUCCUAUUAGCUUAAGAAUAAACAAUUCUGUUAAUUUCUCGGCACCAGUGGCCUUUACUUCUCAGUAGGUUUGACAGGAAAGGGGUGCAGAGAGGGGGAAGACAUGCAGCAAAUGAGCCUGGACCAGGACUCGAACCAGGUCACGUCUGUUGACUGAAACCUCUGAAGAGGUCGUGCCCUAGAAUAAACGGUUCUAAUAAAAAGUUAUGUUUUGUGGCUAUUGACUUUAUAAUAUCUUAUAUUAGUUCGUGUUUUAGUUUUUAAAUGUUGAAAUUACAUGAUCUGAAGCAGAUAAAAUGCUUCAACGCUGCCACACGGGGGCGUGGUAGAGCAGCACUGAUCUCAGGUGUGAUGUUAGAACCUGGAUGUGAUUGGUCAGUCGUGUCUAAAAAGGUUGUUUGCCUGCAGAAGUGGGGUUAGUUUGGUUCUGUCGGAUUUUAACCUUCUUUUCUGGGUGUAACGUUAGUAGAAGACCCCUGAAUCUCAUGACAACAUGCCCCACUCUGUGCUGGUGAAAACGCUGGAGGACCUGAGCUUGGAUUCGGGUUGUGUAGCUGGGGAAGCCAGCCUGUCCACCUCCAGCAGGUCGAGACAGUCCCAGCCGCACGUCGGCGCCCCUCGCCGGGGUUCAUGGUGGCAGCACGCCGGCUCUCUGUAUCGUAGCAACGGCAGCUGGGACACGGUGAGCACGCUGCCGGAGGACGCGGCGGACACCCUGGCCAGGUGUCCCUGCCUGCCCGAGCUGGAAGAGUAUCCCUGGACGGAGUGGGAGCUGCAGGACGUGGUGCAUAAAGUGUCCAGAUCUGACUGUUUCACCCCGGAGGCUGUCCACAGACUGUCCGUCCUGCUCCGGAGAGCUCUGGUGAGGGUGUCCCGGGAAGCGCAGCGGCUGAGUGAGCUUCACAGGCGGUGCACACGUCUGGAGGUGCAAAGCGCCGUGCGGCUGGUGCUCAGCUGGGGCUUGGCCGAGAGGUGCGUCUCCUCCGCCGUCAGAGCUGUGUCUCUGCACUGCAUGAACUCCGGGGAUACCGCUCGCCCGCGGGGCAAGUCCGCACGCUGCGGGCUCUUGCUCUCCGUGGGCCACUUCUUCAGGUGGAUGGUGGAAACACGCGUGUCUGUGCGCGUGCACGAGUACGCCGCAAUCUACCUCGCGACCUUCGUGGAAAGUUUGGCGGAAGAAGUGGCGAGACGGGCGCUGCACGUGGCCAUGUUGACCGCUGAAGAGGUGCGGGGACGGUCCGACGGGGUCAGCUGCUGCCCGGUGACCGUGGAGCUGCUGGAGGGAACCGUGAGCAGCGACUCGGAGCUGUGGGGACUGCUGCAGCCCUAUGAGCAUCUCAUCUGUGGGAAAAAUGGCAGCGGUGAGCUGACUCCGCCGGCCCACGUCAGCCCAUACACAAAGGUUCCUGAGGAACCAAUGGAGAGCAGGGAGGACGCUUACAUCCAGCUGGAGCUGAGGACCCUGGAACAGUCGCUGCUCGCCACCUGUGCGGGCAGCAUCACAGAACUCAGUGAUCUUGUUUCUCGAGCGAUGCACCACAUGCAGCGCCUGCGAAGCUCCAGGCCCUCCUUCGGCAGCGCUCGCUCGGCCCAUCAGCCGUCAGCCUCGUGGGCCCCUGCCGCCCUGCGCUCUCUUUACUACUUCCUGUCCAACCCACAGAUGGAAUCCCUGGAGAAUCCCAACCUGGAGACUCCAGGUGUGAUGCUGAGCAGAGAAAGGCCGUUCCUGCUCCUCCCUCCUCUCAUGGAGUGGAUCAGAGUUGCUGUGGUGCAUGCCGAACAUCGUCACAGCUUAUUGGUGGACAGUGAUGAUGUCAGACAGACGGCCCGUUUGCUUCUCCCAGGACUUGACUGUGAGUCCAGACAACUGAGACCUGAGUGCUGUUUGCAGUCUUUCAAAUGUCUGGAUGCUGCAGCUGCUUCAGGGAAGUUCCGGCUGGAUUUGGGUUUCAGGAUGCUCUCGUGUGGCCGAGCCGACCUUGUCCAACAAGCUGCGCAGCUUCUGGGAGCUGACGGUAUCAACACAAUGGAUGACCAGGGAAUGACGCCGCUGAUGUACGCCUCUGCAGCAGGAGAUGAAGCGAUGGUGCAGAUGCUCAUUGAGGCUGGAGCUCACCUGAACCUGCAGAUCCCUGGCUGCUCUGCCAGACACCCGUCUGUUCAUCCCAGCAGUCGACACUGGGUGGCGCUGACGUUUGCUGUGCUGCACAGUCACUUCUGUGUUGCACAGUUGCUGCUGGAGGCUGGUGCAGAUGUUGAAGGUGGAGUCCUGCUGGAUGGACAGGAGAGCUCAGCUGAAACGCCGCUGCAGCUUGCUGCUGCUGCAGGUAACUAUGAGAUGGUCAGUUUGCUGCUUACCCAUGGAGCGGACCCUCUGCUAAAACCCCACCAGGGGACCUCUCUGACCCCCCCUCUGUUCGAGGACAUGAACUGCUUCAGUUACGCUGCAGCUCAUGGACACAGGAACAUCGUGAGGAGGCUGCUGCUUCGGCCACCAUUCAGGAAGGAGGACAUCUUGUCUCUGGAGGAGAUCCUGGCUGAAGGAGUGGAGGGGUCCAAUGAUCCUCCAGCAGCGGACUCCCUAAACGUCGUCCCCUCUCUGUCCAAAGCCACAAUGAAAGCUCUGCAGCAGGCGUCGUAUUACAGCGCAGAGCACGGAUUCCUGGAUGUUACCAUGGAGCUCAGAGAGAUGGGUGUCUGCUGGAAGCUGCACACCUGGCUCGAGUCGCUCCGCAGGGCCCAGGAGCUCGGCAGGUAUGAAGUCACCCUCUGCCUCCUCAGCGACUUCCCCUCCAUCAGGAUGGAGGACUACAGCCCGGAGCUGCUCUCUGCAGGGGUCCCGUUCAUGUUCCGGAUGUUGGAGACCGGUGGGGACUACAUGCUGACGAAGCGUCUGGCCUCGGUGGUUUCUCACUGCUACGGCUGCUCCCCUGUUCCUGACAUUCCAGCGAUGGAUGUCGCUCUGUCCACACAGCUGGAUAUCCGGUUCCUGAACAACGAGGAGAUGUCUGAUGUGACGUUCAUGGUGGAGGGACGUCCGUUUUUCGCCCAUCGAGUGCUGCUGAUGUCUGCUUCUGAAAGGUUUCGGCAGAUGCUCGCUGAUUCUCCAGACAACUUCAUACACAUCAGUCACAUGACCUACAGCACCUUCCAGAUGAUGAUGAGGUCUUUGUACUGUGGAGGAACUGAAGGGCUGAAGAUCUCGGCGUCUGAAGCCAUGAAGCUGCUGCCGGUGGCCUUUUUCUUCCACCUCUGUGGUCUGCAGAGAUGCUGUGAGAUGAUGCUGUCACAGAGUCUGACUCCAGAGAACGCCGUGAGCAUCUACCAGACCGCCAAGCAUCAUGGAGCCGCUGAGCUCUGCAGGUUCUGUGAAGGAUUUUUCCUGCAAAAUAUGGACCAGCUCCUGGACAGAGAGGACUUCCAUCGCCUACUGCUAGGCAGCAUCAGUACGGGAUUGUUCUCGCCUGAUCUGGCGAAAACAUCUGGGUCGGAACAGGACCCGGACUACAGCCUGCCAGUUCUUAAUAACCUGGAAUCGAUGCUGAUCCACAGACUUCACAACCUCCACGCUGUGUGUCGAGGAUAGAAAUUCAUCUCUGCUGUUCUUGUUCUGUGCUGCUGCAUACAGUGCAAUGCUACGUCUGAAAAUACAUCACCGGAUCUCAUCUGGAGUUCACAUUCUGAUGGAUCCAGCACCACUUCAUCUAAAGCUGUGUGACGUCAGUGCAUUCUGAUGAGAAGCUGAGAAGGAGCUGGUGCAACGUCAUCAUCUCCUAUCAGAGCUGAAGGAC